AUGGUGAAGUCAGAAGUAUCAGAAUUACAAUACGCACCUCCGAAGGUAACUCAUCGACGCAUCACAGAGAUAGAUUCCUGGUUGGUAUGGAAGAACUGUCUUCUCGCAAGGCUACGUCGAGCAUUGGCAGUUAGUCAUCUUCCUUUCAUAACAUGGGAAGUUCUCGGUCAAGAUGUGAAGUGGAGUUGUCAAAGAGUUGGCGUUAGUGGGAUUGUCAAACUACGUAGUGACCGAGAUGAUUUUUCGAGCUAUCUAAUGCGGUUAAUGCGAUAUCUAGAGCAGUUCCCCUUUCCAUCUGGGUCAGCUAAUAUUAUAACGUAUAAAGACAAUCAAGAAGUGAAUGUGUUCAGAACUGUCUGCUCUCAUCUGACACGUGAGCAGCCGAUACUAACAAAUGCUCAAGCUUCUGCUCUACUUCACGUCGUUUCUUUGUCUAACGCCGUUCUUAGGUCCGAUUUACCUCAUCAAAGAUAUGGUUGGCCCGUUCAUAUUGAAACCGAGUUUACCGAGAAUCCUCCGCGUAGUCGAAUUGUGCCACGGCAGUCGUCUUCUGGUAAUUCUACCACAUCGACCACCGAUUCCACACCGUCGUUCACCGAAAGCCUAGAGCGCUUUUCUUUUAACGGAGAGGAUAAACUUUCCCAGAAGACUAGAACUGGCUUACAACCUUCUCAAGUGAAUACUUCGAGACAUGUUGAAUCGUUGGUUUCGUUGGGUACCAUUGCACAGCCAAGUCGACUGGGACAUGAACGGCGGAAUGUGUUUAUUCUAGGAGGUGUGCCUAAAUAUAACGAAAUACUCAAUCUUCCUGGUCUAAAGGAAAGCCCGGAAUUAUUGCAAAGACUUAACGAAAUGUGUUUGAAACUACAACCAAACAGUGACUUGAUAAGCCAGGUCUCUUCAGAAUUCAUAAGGUUACCCGAAUUUAAUCAAUUGGUUUUUGCUGAUCAUCAAUGUGGUAUCUCUCAUUUGUCCAGAAUGUCGUCUCAUACUAGUUCCUUAACAUUAGCUACAAAUUCUUUUAGCGAAGAGCUUUUGCCACGGCCACCAGAUCACAUACUAGAAGCUCUGUCGCUUCUACUACUCUCUUUACCUUCUCCUCGUCGUCGUAGACUUCAUUUCCUAAUUCGGUUCAUGAAUAAAAUCUCUGCAAAUCAUUGUCUACAGCUGGACGACGUGCACUCUAAUCGUUAUGUAGCUUUGAAAGGUCUCUCAGGAAGUAUAAUAUCCACCCAGGGAGCCUCUCCAUUGUUAACUUCACAAUGUUCACAUCUUGUUUCUCUACUGCUUGAUUACGAGAAGGAAGUCUUUAGUGUUCCAAAAGGUUUGAUCUUAGAAGUGGAUGCCACGAUUCGAGAACGGCAACGUGAUAAGGUAACCCCAAUAGGGCAAAGCCCGGAAUUGCGAUCGGAAAUGGCAGAUUAUGUACAGUUUUGUGAGCCUGCCAAGGGAAGUGAAUACGAGGAACAAAAUCUAAAUCUUGUUGACAAUCUUCUGGAACUUCUUGACCAAAUAUGCAUUGACGAAAAUCUGACGGUACAAGUGAGAUGA